AAAUCUGGAUAAGGAUGUUUGUGUCCAAGGAUGUCCUUUACUCUUCAUCUGUUUUGAAUCUUGCUGUGGACUCUGGGGAUCAUGAUUUUGGAAGGAGCUGGCAGAAUGAGUAUCAAUUCCAGCAGCAAUCUACUCCACCAGCAGCCUUCCUGGACAGACGGAUAUUCCGCAUGCAAUGUGUCCAGCAACUUCUAUGGAACCCAGUGGCAUGAAAUACACCCACAGUACUGGACUAAGUUUCAAGUCUGGGAGUGGCUGCAGCACCUCCUUGAUACCAACCAACUGGAUGCCACCUGCAUACCCUUCCAGGAGUUUGAUAUCAAUGGGGAACAUCUGUGCAGUAUGAGCCUGCAGGAAUUCACUCAAGCAGCUGGGACAGCAGGGCAGCUGCUUUACAGCAACCUUCAGCACCUAAAGUGGAAUGGCCAGUGUGGAAGUGACAUGUACCAAUCCCAUAAUGUCAUUGUGAAGACAGAGCAAACAGAUCCCUCAUUAAUGGUGUCCUGGAAAGAAGAGAACUACCUGUAUGACAGUGGCUAUGGUAACACAGUAGAGCUGUUGGACAGUAAAACGUUCUGUCGUGCUCAGAUCUCCAUGAUGACACCUAGUCACCACCCUCCUGAUGCUUCAGAUGUGAAAAAAUCACAAGAUCAUACCCCAAAGUCCCACACCAAGAAGCACAACCCCCGAGGAACUCACCUGUGGGAAUUUAUUCGAGACAUUCUGCUCAAUCCCGAGAAGAACCCAGGGCUAAUCAAGUGGGAAGACCGAUCAGAAGGCGUCUUCAGAUUUUUAAAGUCUGAGGCUGUGGCUCAGCUCUGGGGAAAGAAGAAAAACAACAGCAGCAUGACCUAUGAGAAACUCAGCCGAGCUAUGAGAUACUACUACAAAAGGGAAAUCUUGGAGCGCGUGGACGGUCGGAGGCUAGUUUAUAAAUUCGGGAAGAACGCCCGCGGCUGGAGAGAAAACGAGAACUAAAGCCUGGCAGGAACAGCACUUGAAAACACCUGGAUGUAAAUAUUCAAAGACUAUUUUCGUAUAUUUAUGUACCAAACCGGGGUGGAAAGAGAACCAAACAAUUCUGCUUCUGUCGGGAAGAAGGAAACGUUAUCAUCG